AUGGUGGAGGAAUACUUUUUGAUUGCUCUACGCGUUCACCAACCCUUCCUCAUCUCAAGUUUUCCUCCUAAACAGACCAUGGAGGAGGAAAUACACACGACCGCUAAAGCCAUGCAGCGAGGUGUUUCUAACACCGACAGCGCGAUAUUCAAUGAACCUGGCCAGGAAUUCGACAUGCCACUGUUUCCAAUUGAGCGCAACGAGCUGGCAAACAGCCUUAUUGAACGGCUUCGCAUUCGGUAG